UUCACUCCAAAUACCAAAUCAGCAAAAACCCUACGACUCCGACUUUGUGAAAAAGAUAAAAACGCUUUCCCUCCCUUUCACUGCCUCGAAUCCAAAGAAAAAUCACCCGAUGGUCGAGAAUCAGGGCACAACCAGGCCAAUCAAGAGGGGUCGCAGGUCUAAUAGAAUCACCGCCGACCUCUCCGAUUUCUUUGCUUUCCCUUCCCCCGCCGUCACCGCCUCCGCUUCCCGAAAGCCUUUCCGGGACGCCGUUCGCAGCUUCCUCUCCGCCAACGCCCGCCUCACCACCGCCUUUCCAUCGCCUGUCCUUCCGUGCCUGAUGACGUGGCAGAUCCUGUUUGGGGUUGGCGAUUCCGGUACGGACGAUCGCGAUUCCUCGUCGAUCGUUGUGGCGCUUUAUGUCAUCGAGGAAGACGUCACCUGAUCUUCUAGAUCUGUGUAUUGCGACCAGUGCCGUGUAGUCGGUUGGAGCGGCCAUCCAGUUUGCAAAAAGAGAUAUCAUUUUAUAAUAAAGUCCCCUUGUGAUAAGGCAAUCUGCACCAAUCCCCUCCAUAACUCGGAUUCAAGGGGAUGCCAGUGUUGUAACAAAGGAGAAGAUGUUAAUAUUGAUGUUGAAGAAUGGGGGUAUUCAUUGUUGGAAGAUAAUAACAUUCAUUUGAUGCAUGGAGUUGUUCACUCCAAUGGUUAUGGACAUCUUCUCGUUGUUAAUGGUAGAGAAGGAGGCUCUGAAUUUCUCUCUGGUUCUCAAAUCAUGAACUUCUGGGAUAGACUCUGCAGUGUUCUCUCUGUCAGGAAGGUAACUGUGAUGGAUGUAUCAAAGAAAUAUGGCGUAGAGUAUAGGCUACUUCAUGCAAUUACCAGAGGUCAUUCCUGGUAUGGUAACUGGGGUUAUGAGUUUGGAUCAGGAAGCUAUGCCCUCACAGGAGAUGCUUACAAGAGAGCAGUGAAUGACCUUUCAAACAUGCCCUCAUCUGCAAUUCUUUUUCAAGGAAACAAGUCCCGAACACGCCUUCAGAACAUCAUUUCAUUUUACCAGUCCUUCUCGUGUUUGGAACUUUCAACACUGAAUGAAUUGUUUUCAUUCCUCACAAGACUGAUUAGUGAAAGUCAGAACUUAAUGCCUAAAGCAUCUAAAAUGUUAAAAUCCUCAAACAUCUUGUGUGCAUGGACAAGGAAUGAUGUCGAGAGAUUGCAGCAAUGUAUGAUUAAAGUGCUCAUGGCUGCUGCUGCUGGCUCUAACUGGGUGACUAGACGUGCUCUUAAGGGUGCCUUGUGCAAGUCAGCCUCCCCUGAACUACUUGAUUACUGCCUUAAACACUUGAGUGGGAAAUUGGCAGUUAACGGAAAGAUUGUUGUGGCACGUUGCAGUCGAAACUCCAGUGACAUUGAGUUCAGGCUUCGGCCACCUUGUUCUUUGCACUAUGAAACAAGCUUGGACUCAAAUUUCCCAUCAGAAGAGCACAUCAAGGGAGAUCUAAAAUUCAUGAUUGAUUACUUGCUUGACCCUGAAACCAAGUUGACAUACAAGCAUCAUGCUACAAGGGAAUGUAUGAAUGAUUUGGCCACCAAGCUUCUUGAUAGCAAGCAAUUCGUGAAAGACUACAAACCAAAUGUCUACAAUCCCUUUGCCAUUUAUAUAUGGUGUCAUUUAGAGCUUUCUAAUGCUAAUAAAGAAGACCCAGUUCCACCCCCUGAAUUGAUUGUCCUACCACUUAAUGCUACCAUUGCUGACCUUAAAAUUGAAGCUACAAAAGCUUUUGAAGAUGUAUAUGCCAUGUUUAAGAGGCUUGAAGUUGAGAAAAUACUCGACUUUGGUUCUGUAGAGGACAACAUGACACUGAAAUUAUUGAUUGGCACAAGUGGAUCAGUUCGUGUGCAAGGCAGAUGUGUAUUGAAACAUGGCCUCAACCGGUUUCGAAUGGAGAGGGGAACAGAAAAUUGGACAGUCGACUGUAGUUGUGGAGCAAAGGAUGACGAUGGUGAGCGAAUGUUGGCUUGUGACAAGUGUGGUGUUUGGCAACACAGUAGGUGUGCUGGAAUUGACAAUGCUGAUGCAAUACCUUCAAUGUUCAUAUGCAUGAGAUGUACAGAUGGCCUUCACAAGAAAUCUUUAAGCAUUACAAGUUCUGGAAUAGAAGCUAGAAAAUUUGCUCAACUUGACACUUAUUGUAGGAGAAACUUACUUAGUAGUGAUGGUCCUAAAAUUACUAAUACCUUGACAGUUCGAUGAAUGCAACUAGUCUGUAUUUGUGUAAAAACAUGUAAAUGACUUAAUAGGUGAGAUUGUUAGUAUAGGGCUUUUUUGUCUCACCCUUUU